GAUCGAUAUUGUGCGUGGUUCAAGUUCAUACAAUGUCAUUAAACUCAUUCAUUUUUCGUUUGUAUUUCUUUGUAUACAAGUCAGCUGUCAACUUUAAUGCUUACCGGAGCGGAGUUCUAAAGUUGAAGUCUUUCUUUUUGUUAUUAUCGAGUAAACGAACGAAUUGUGUUUAAAUGAAUACAAUGAUAUUGAGAAAAUAUUGCAUUUAAUUCCACCAAUUAUAUUGGAAAUACGGUCGCAAGCGAUGGCUACAUUCCAUUGGCAAGACAAUUUGAGUUCAACUGCCUUCACGCCGCGCGAUUUUCAAGUUGAACUGCUAGCAGCUGCCAGUGAACAAAACAUCAUUAUUUGUUUGGGGCACAAUUCAUCAAAGGAAUUUAUUGCGCUAAAAUUGAUUCUUGAAAAAAGUUACGAACUUCGUAAUCACAACAAUGGAAAAAAUAAAAAAUGUACACUCAUUUUGACAGCCACUUCAUCGGGCGGCGAAUCAAUAUACAACCUAAUUUACCACUUGACCGAUUUGAAAGUGCUCAACGCUAACGCAGUAUUGGACAUAGUGGAUUGGCGAAAACAUAUUCAAGAAUUUCAAGUGAUUAUAUUGGAUAUUACAAAGUGUUUAAAUGGCGUAAGCAUAGGUGCGGUGGAAUUUUCGCUCAUUAACUUAAUUGUAAUCGAAGACUGCCACAAAAACUAUAACAACAAUGAACUGGUUGAAUUGUUGGAGCACAUUCGGAAGAGUGAGCAAAAACCAAAAAUCCUAGGCCUGGCUGGUCCACUACAUAGCGCCGGAUGCACAACUGAUCAAUUAGCAUUUCAUUUGGAAAUGCUAGAAAAGACUAUACAAUGCAAAGCUGAAACUGCCAGCGAUAUUGUUACUGUUUUAAGAUACUGCACCAAACCAACUGAAUUGAUAGUUCAAAAUUUGCCUCCAAAAGACUGUGAUGUAUCCGCGAUUAUAAGGGAUCUUGUAUUGACCAAAAAAUACUUUUUGCUCGAGCAUCGCUACGAUCCGUUUGAAAUUUAUAGUGAUGAGUUUGAAGACGAAUUGAAAGCCAUUCCAGAUCCAAAAAAGGAACCCAUUGAAUGUCUUGACCAAUUGUUGAGCGUUUUAGAUGAAUUUGGGCCAUGGUGCGCGGAUCGUGCUGCACUCAAUUUGAUUGCUAAAAUUGAAAAGUCGAAAAUCAAAACUCCGUAUGAACGACACUACCUAUUACUUUGUCUUGUAUCGACGACUCUCAUACAAAUUCGUGCAUUUUGUGAACAAGUCUUUCAACGCAUUCCAAAUGAUAAAGAAUGCAUUGAGGCGUACUCCAGUCCGAAGGCCUUACGAUUAUUGGAAAUUCUUCGACAAUUCAAGCCAGAAAAACUGUUAGAAGAGCCGAACCUAAAACUAAACUCCAUAGCUGCCAUUGAAACUUCUACUGAAAAAAUCGAUCCUAUAUCGAAAUGUGUCGGGAAUGAGUUGAAAAAAAUAUCUACCCAGACAUAUGGCAAAGAUGACGGACGAGAUUGUGGGAAGAUGGUCGAUGGGAAACCUUUCAAAAAUACCAUAAUUACCAAGACAGUUACGAGAACCGGUGUACAUGGUGGCAAGAAGGGGAAAGGUAAUUUCAUGCGACCACCACGUGUAUACAACCAUAACCAUCAGAACGACCCAAAUUCUCUGUGUGGUUUAUUGCUUUGUAAUUCGAUGUUUUCCGCUAAAAUUCUGUUCAGCUUUUUAUCAGAGAUGACAAAAAACGAUCCAGACCUCGAAUACCUGUCCGUGCAAUACACGGGCGAUAGGUUAGCCGAUCCGGUUAGAGAAAGUAAACAGUUUGAAAAUGAGCAUCGGAAGCAGGAAGAGGUUUUAAAACGAUUUCGAAUGCAUUCGUGUAAUUUAUUGAUUGGUACAUCGGUGCUUGAAGAAGGUAUUGAACUUCCAAAAUGCAAUUUAGUUAUAAGAUGGAACUUACCGACAACAUACCGUUCGUACGUUCAAUGCAAAGGGAGAGCUCGAGCACAAAGAGCAUUCCACAUAAUAAUGGUUUCAGCGAGCACAAAUACACAUCAUAACAUUUGCAACGAAUUUCUUUCGAGUAAAAAUCAUAAAGCACUUUGUCAACCAAAUCAUAAUGACACAAUGCAAUGUUUCGAUGCAGCAGAAGUAAGAGAAUCACCUGAAAACCACCCAAAACGGGUAUUUGAAAACAAUCACGAUGCUGAUGAUAUUCAGAGAUCUGAGGAAGAUGUGAAACAACAGGCAUUGAUUGCCAAGAAUUUCGACACCAUGCAAAAUGAGACCGAAGACAUCGUCAAAUUACUGGCUCAAUAUAUGCAAAUCGAACAAAUUCUGUUGAAAAAAUGUAGUAAUCAAGAACCGUCGCUUCAAGAGCUCGCUGAAGCCGAUUUGUACACACCAUUUAUAAAGCCAUAUAAACCGAUAAAAUCCAUCGAUCCAAACACGGCAUUUGUAAGUUUGGCAACGGCUGUGGUUCUAGUUAAUAAAUAUUGCGCAAAGUUACCCAGUGAUACAUUUACAAAACUGACCCCAUUGUGGCGAUGCUGUAAGACUUAUCGCGGAAAUAAGGCAUAUUAUCAAUACACUGUUCGAUUACCAAUAAAUUCACCCGUUAAACAGGACAUUUAUGGUCUUCCAAUGCCAAGCAAAGUGUUAGCACGACGGAUGGUGGCAUUAAUUUGUUGUAAAAUUUUACACCAAUCUGGAGAAUUGGACGAUUGCUUGCAGCCAAUUGGUAAAGAAGGUUUCCGAGCUUCUGAGCCUGACUGGAAUAAUUUCGAGCUUGAAAAAGAAGACGCAGACAUUGUGAAUGAGAACCUAGACCCGCGUCCAGGCACUACACGUCGACGUCAAUAUUACUACAAAAGAAUUGCAUCGGUUCUUUCAAAUUGUCGGCCUACGAUUGGAGUUGCAUGUAAAUUAUAUUUCAUCAAAAUGGUUCUAGAGUGUCCGAUACCAGAAGAGCAAAAUACACGUGGCAGGAAGAUUUAUGCACCAGAAGAUGCGGUUCAGGGAUUCGGUCUACUUACUUUGAAGCACAUACCCAAGCUCGGUUCGUUUUCCAUAUUUACGAGAUCGGGUGAAGUGCGAGUUUCACUGGAAUUGGCCAACGAUAAUAUCAUAAUCAAUGAAGACAAAUUCGUAAAAAUCAAUGUAUUCCUCAAAUAUCUAUUUGCAAAUGUACUACGCUUGCAGAAAUAUUUAAUGUUUUUUGAUGCAAAUGCAACAGAAAAUAGUUUUUUCGUUGUACCAACCGUCAAAGGUGCAAAUGAUAUGAUGGUAAAUGUGGACUGGACAUUUUUAGAAUUGAUUGCGGAGAAAUGUGAUCAAAUGCCGCAAGAAGUACCGGAGUCGUUACGCAAAACACAAAAGUUUGAUCGUGAGAAAUUCCGCGAUGCUGUCGUCAUGCCAUGGUAUCGAAACCAAGACCAACCGCAAUAUUUUUAUGUAGCCGAAAUUUGUGACUACCUAUCGCCAGAGAGUUCAUUCCCCGGCGACAGCUAUGCUACAUUUAAAGAGUACUAUUUCCGAAAAUACAAUAUUAUCAUACAGAAUUGUUCACAGCCAUUACUAGAUGUUGAUCAUACCAGUGCACGUUUGAAUUUUCUCACACCGCGUUAUGUAAACCGUAAAGGAGUUGCUUUACCGACGAGCUCUGAAGAAACGAAACGCGCUAAACGCGAAAAUCUUGAGCAAAAACAAAUUCUAGUGCCUGAGCUAUGCACAAUUCAUCCAUUUCCGGCGUCUUUAUGGCGAAUUGCUGUGUGUUUACCAUGCGUCCUCUACCGCAUCAAUGCGUUACUGCUGGCGGAUGAAAUUCGUAUCGAAGUAGCCGACGACAUCAAUUUAGGGAAGAGCUGUAUCAUUGACGAUAACGAAUUCGAUUGGCCAGUAUUGGACUUUGGCUGGAAACUAGCUGAUGUUCUGCGGCGUGCAAAAGAUGCAAACAAAACCAAAGAAGCGAAAAAGUCCAUCAGUGAAGGUACAGUCAAAACUAAAACUGAUUCGGGUUGCUGUGAUGUGAAAGUUGAAAAUGAGGAAAACGUUGUGAAGCCCUCAAAUACUAUGCCACAAGAUGCAGUACAAGACUCCAAAUUGGAACUAUUGAAAGGUGUUGAAAAUAAAUUGGAGAACGAGUGCAUGAUGGAAAUUGGAACGUGGUCAAAUGCAAUGGCUGAAGACAUCAUCGAAUUAAAUGGCGGCAGUAACUCUAGCGAGGAUGAAUGGAACAGUUUAUUGCCAUCCAAUAUAAGUAUUUGUUCACGGAAUAAAUUGAACAUUCGAUACGGCUCACCAACAUCUUGGGACAUCCCAAAAGCAAAGCACAUGACCGGUCCAAAACCAGUAGGCUCAGAAUCGGAAUUGUCUUAUUCAGAUCAGUCUGAUGAUGAUGAGGAUUUCUUCUAUCAUACAGAUGGUUCCGAUGAUGAUAACGAAGGUUUGAAUAUUGAAUUCAAAUCGGAUAAUUUGGCUGAGGCAAUCGAAACGGAAGAGGAGAUUUUGAAACGACAACGAAAAAUCGAAAUUAUCAAUGGCAUCAACGCAAACGAGAAAUCCUAUCAAAGUACGAAAAACAUUGGAAGUGGAUACGAUUGUGUCAUAAAUCGGUCCGACUUACAAGUCUGUACAUCAUUGCAAUUGCAUCAAAUGGAAUUUCAGCGGUCAGUAUGUGAGUUUGAGGAAAAAAUUCGGUCAUCGAGCACUUUGAUCAAAUAUAAUGAACCAAUUAGGAUAACGAAAAAGUCAUCGAAUCUUGCUGUCCGAGAUGAUUCCCUUUCCGAAGAUUUUAGGCGGCUAGAAAAUAUUUUUUCAUUUAUCGACCAAUCCACUUUAAGACAAUUUAUUGAAGAAAAUAACUGCUUUGAUGAUGACGGAGCUAUCAGGCUAACCAUCGACGAUGUAUACAGUUUGCACAAGAUAUAUUUCGAAAGUCAUCAAACCGAACGAUACACUGUCGAAGGUGUUGGUAGUGUAUUUGAUGCAUUCAAUGAUCACAAUUUGAUGAAAACUGAAAGCGAUGGUACAAUCAGCUAUGAAUUGCAUCGGGAUGAAUUUUUAAAAGAUCGAACGAUUGUCAGGGAAAAAAUUACCGAAGCAACCGAAAUAUGUAAUAAUAUACCCGAUACGGAAGAUCUUGAUCGGGAAAAAUGCUUCAGCUUCGAUCGACAACCAAAUCUCACUGAUCAUCCGGGACCAAGUCCAAGUAUCAUAUUGCAAGCACUAACAAUGUCAAACGCAAACGAUGGCAUUAAUUUGGAGCGUUUAGAAACAAUUGGAGAUUCAUUUCUAAAAUAUGCAAUCACAACAUAUUUAUAUUGCACAUAUGAAAAUGUGCACGAAGGCAAACUCAGUCAUUUGCGGUCGCGACAGGUGUCAAAUUUGAAUUUAUAUCGCUUGGGUAGACGUAAAAUGCUCGGUGAACGAAUGAUUGCCACCAAGUUCGAGCCGCAUGAUAAUUGGUUACCUCCGUGCUAUUACGUACCAAAGGAUUUAGAAAAAGCACUUAUCGAAGCUAAAAUACCAGCUUGUUACUGGGAAGAUGCACGACUACUCGAUGUGAAAGAACUGAGCGUGGAGGAAAUAUGUCAAAUGCUAAAAAAGAGGAUAUUUGGAGGCGAUUGGCAAGCUGGUGAUGAUGACAACGAUAACGAGGACGAGACAGAUGACUCUUCUAAAGGUCAGGUGCUCAUGGAAAAUGAGGGUGUGGCGUGUAAUAUAUAUGAUAACGAAGUUGAAACUAUGGAAGAUAAUAAUGAGCUGCAUGGCAUGAUGAACCGCCCUGAUGAAUUCCCAUGUUUCAUUCCAUAUAAUUUGGUAACACAGCAUAGUAUUCCGGAUAAAUCGAUAGCCGACUGUGUGGAAGCAUUGAUCGGGUCUAACUUAAUUGAGUGUGGUCCACGUGGUGCUCUUCUCUUUAUGGCAUGGUUGGGUAUUCGAGUACUGCCAUGGAAAGAAGUGGUUUAUGAUGAGACAAACAAAAAGCAUAUUCCAGGAAGUACAAAACCAUUCGAACGUGAUGGAGUCAGGUAUCAAACGGUGUAUGGAUACUGGGCGGCUCCAAAAUCACCAUUACUUCAUUUUGCACCCAAUCCAUACGAAACGCUCGAAUUACUUCUUGACGGUUAUUCGGAUUUCGAAGCUCACAUUGGUUACACUUUUAAUGAUCGAUCGUAUUUACUGCAAGCGAUGACUCACGCAUCGUAUUCACAAAAUCGACUAACCGAUUGUUAUCAACGGCUUGAGUUUUUGGGUGAUGCGGUUCUUGAUUAUCUUAUCACACGCCAUCUAUACGAAGAUCCGCGUCAACACUCACCGGGAGCUUUAACCGAUCUUCGUUCUGCUCUAGUCAACAAUACGAUUUUUGCAUCGCUAGCUGUUCGACAUGGGUUCCAUAAAUACUUUCGACAUUUGUCGCCCGGACUUAAUGAUGUUAUAGAUCGUUUUGUUCGAAUUCAAGUUGAAAACAAUCAUAGCAUCAGCGAAGAGUUUUAUCUUAUAUCGGAAGAGGAAUGUGAUGAAGCGGAAGAUGUUGAAGUGCCAAAAGCUUUGGGUGAUAUUUUUGAAUCAGUGGCUGGUGCAAUAUUUUUAGAUUCAAACAUGUCAUUAGACAUGGUGUGGAAGAUUUACAGUAAUAUGAUGCAGCCAGAAAUAGACCAAUUCAGCAACUCGGUGCCAAAAUCCCCAAUACGUGAAUUACUGGAGCUGGAGCCGGAAACAGCUAAAUUUGGAAAACCAGAAAAACUGGCAGAUGGACGACGUGUCAGAGUUACGGUUGAUGUAUUUGGCAAAGGUACGUACCGUGGAAUCGGUCGAAAUUAUCGAAUUGCCAAAUGCACGGCAGCCAAAUGCGCUCUACGUCAGCUCAAAAAACAAGGGUUGAUCAAUCGAAAGCGGGCUGAAUAAAAAAAAAUGCACAACUUUUUUCUUAUGAACGACUGAUGUUUUAUGAAUAAAAAUUUUGUAAUUCGCUAAAAAAAA